AUGCCCCCGUCACCAUCCCUCCAAGGAAAAGUCUUCGCCCUCACCGGCGCCGCGUCAGGGAUCGGGCGCGCAACAGCCCUCUUACUCGCCCGCCACGGGGCCCUACUCUCCUUAGCGGACGUCGACAAGGCCACAUUAGCAAAAGCCCACGACGACGUCCUACAAGAAUACUGCAAUGUCAACCACGUCAACAGUGAAUCAAUUUCCAGCUCGCCGAUCUUCACCAGGACACUGGACGUGCGGUCACAAAAGGAAUGCAGCUCCUGGAUAGAAGCCACCGUCGCACAUUUCGGACAGUCUCUUGCCGGCGCCGCGAACCUGGCCGGAGUCUUUGGCCCCAAUAUUGGGCGUGAGACCGGCGCCGUUCGCAACCUCGACGAUACCGAGUUCGACUGGGUCAUGGAUGUCAACGUCAAGGGUACUCUGAACUGCCUUCGGGCCGAGCUGGCACACAUGCAGACGGCGGACGGGGCCGGUCGGCCCGGGGGAUCUAUUGUCAAUGCUGCGAGUGUGGCUGGGAUUGUUGGCGGCGCACACAAUGGGCCGUACGUGGCCAGUAAGCAUGCGGUUAUUGGGCUUACGCGGACGGCGGUUAAGGAAGAAGGGAGCAGAGGAAUCCGGCUGAAUGCUAUCGCGCCGGGGAUCAUCGCCACGUCGAUGAUCCAGCAGAUUGAACAGGCUGUGGGUCGGAUGGAGCUAUUUGGGGAGGGCGAUCCAGGGGCUCUGGGACGUAAGGGUGAGGCUAGCGAGGUGGCCGAGGUGAUCCUUUUUUUGCUCAGUCCGCAGAGCAGCUUCGUCAAUGGCACGGUGAUUCCUGUGGAUGGGGGGUGGAUGUGCUAG